AUGAGCCGGCACGAAGACGAUGAGGCUGAAAACCUGCUUCCAAGCUACUCCGGGGAUGAUCCUCGGCCUACAAGCAAGCGGGAGCUGGCUGGCUGGUAUUGCUAUGGAUGGGCCGCGGAGGUCUUCACCGUGUGUGCUAUGGGCUCAUUUCUUCCGAUCACACUGGAACAGAUGGCGCGAGACCGUGGGCUCCUUCUGUCGGACAAGAUCACCCCCUGUAGCCCAACGUGGAAGCCCUCGAAGAAUGCGCUCCAUCAAGAAGCCCGGUAUGCCGCUCAAGGGUCAGACGUUGGCCAGUGUAUCAUUUACUUCCUUGGGGCCGAGAUCAACACGGCCAGCUUUGCUCUGUACACCUUUUCUUUGAGCGUCUUUGUGCAAUCGAUUCUAAUCAUAUCCAUGUCUGGCGCCGCUGAUCACGGAAGUUACCGCAAGACGCUCCUGGUCAAUUUCGCUUGCAUUGGCUCCAUUGCAACCAUGUUGUUUCUCGCUGUAACUCCUAAAGUCUAUCUGCUAGGUGCUCUGCUUGCAGUCAUUGCUAAUACUUGUUUUGGUGCGUCUUUUGUCCUUCUCAACUCCUUUUUACCGGUUAUGGUUCGCCAUCACCCGUGCGUUCUCGAAAAGACUUUGGUUACGGCCGCCACGCCCAUUACUACCCGUCAUGCCAAUGGCUCUCCAGAUGAGCAUAUGCCGGCGGAAAAUGGUGGUCCUUGGGACAGGCCCGAUGUCGAGACGCCCCUACUUCGGUCUCGCGCGGGCAACGGCGAGACAGCUUCGGACCGUGUGACCUCAGUAGAACUCCGCCUCUCCACCCAGAUUUCAUCCUUUGGCAUCGGGAUAGGAUAUAUUGGAGCAGUGAUCUUGCAAAUGAUCUCCAUCCUUGUGGUGGUCGCCACUCAUCAAACAACCUUCUCCCUCCGUUUGGUUUUGUUCUUGAUCGGACUGUGGUGGUUUGUAUUCACCAUUCCAGCAACCCUAUUGCUGCGUGCUCGUCCCGGUCCCCCUCUUUUGGGUACAGAUGGUAAACCAUUGGACUCAUGGAGGGCGUAUAUCACCUACGCCUGGGCGUCCUUGGGCAAGACUGUCAUGCGGGCACGGGGCCUGAAGGACCUGAUGCUCUUUCUCGCCGCCUGGUUCCUGCUCAGCGAUGGGAUUGCUACUGUUAGCGGGACUGCUGUGUUGUUUGCCAAAACCGAACUUGACAUGAAGCCUGCCGCCCUGGGGCUGAUCAACGUUAUCGUCAUGAUUGCAGGUGUAUUAGGGGCUUUCUCUUGGAGUUAUGUGUCGAGCUUCCUUCAGCUUCGUGCCUCGCACACCAUUAUUGCGUGCAUUAUUUUGUUUGAGCUGAUCCCGCUGUAUGGAAUUCUCGGUUUUUUCCCAGCUGUCCAGCGUCUGGGCUUUGGGCUCCAACAUCCUUGGGAGAUGUACCCUCUGGGCGCUGUGUAUGGGCUUGUUAUGGGUGGCUUAUCGUCUUACUGUCGAAGCUUUUUCGCCGAAUUAAUCCCCCCUGGGUACGAGGCGGCUUUCUACGCUCUGUAUGCCAUCACCGAUAAGGGCUCGAGUGUGUUUGGCCCCGCUAUUGUUGGAGCCAUCACUGAUCGAUACGGCGGGAUCCGACCGGCAUUUGUCUUUCUGGCGCUUCUCAUCUUGUUUCCGCUACCGCUCAUGCUGCUUGUAGAUGUGGAGCGAGGCAAGCGAGAUGCGCUGGCGCUCGGGGCUGAGUUGGGGCACCUCUCUGAAGGGUCUGACAACGGGCCACUCACCAGUCCACCAGGAGAUCAGUCUGAAGUAUCUAUGUAG